UAAUUAAAUUACAUAAUUUUUUUCUUCGAUGAGUGAGUUUUAGCAUUUAGGAGAGAGAGACUCAGAGAUCGUGCUGUUUCUUGGAGUUAAGUAUUCAAAAAAAACUUGCAGGAAAAGAAACUUUAUUAUUGGAAAAAAUGGCCAAACCUACUACUGUGGCUGCUGGUUCAUUUAGAAAAGAAAUGAGAUGCGAAGAGUUGGCCAUUGACAUACCACUAGUCAUGGAGCUAGCCCAGUGGCCUGAAUGUUGCAUCUACAAAGUCCCCAAGAAACUUCGUGAGGUAAAAAAAGAAGCCUACACUCCAAAGCUAAUUUCAAUAGGCCCUCUUCACCAUGGCGAAUAUGAACUGCUUUCCAUGCAAAUGCUGAAACUAAAUUAUCUCAGGGAAUUCUGUUAUCGGGCUAAGACAUGCCACGAGGAUAUUGCAAGGUUCAUUGAAGAAAAGGAACAAAGGAUUCGUCGCUGUUAUAAAGAUAUCUCUGACUAUGAUCUCAGCAGCGAAGAUUUCGUGAAUAUGGUUGUAUUGGAUUCAAUCUUUAUCAUCGAGCUAUUCUUGAGGUCUGCAGCGACUGAUCGGCGCUCUAGGAGGGCUUCUACGUGUGGGGAAGAUGAAAGCUAUACGAGUGAAGAAGAUGGAUACAUUGUGAGAGGAGAUUGCAUAGCAAGUAACCCAUUGUUGAGGAAGCAUAUUCAACAAGACUUGUUAUUGCUUGAAAAUCAGCUUCCAUUUUUUAUUCUCGACGAGUUACACACAAAAUUUUCCUGGUUUGAACAAAACAAAUAUAUUUCCUUUGUUGAGCUUACCUGUAAUUACCUUUUUCCUGAAUCCAAGACCAUGAAAGACAAAAUUGAUAAGGAAAAGGUAAAACAUUUCACUGAUUUAAUGAGAUAUCUCUACCAUCCACCCAAGGAUUGUGAUGGAGCUGCUCCUAUUAAAAAUCUACAUAAUGCAAAAAAGUUGGAAGACGCCGGAGUAAUAUUGGAAAAGGAUGAAAAGAAAACAUUACUUGACAUAGAUUUCCAAGAGGGUGACCUCUGGAAUAUAUUUCCUGGCUUCAUUGUCUCAUGGAUCUUGCUAUUCUUACCGUGCUUGGAUCACAUUGAGUGGUUGAAGAAAACACAAACUAUCUUAAAAGUUCCAGUCUUUGAGGUAAAUGAUGAAACUGAAGGCAUUUUUCGAAACGUGAUGGCCCUGGAGCAGUGUCAUUAUCCAGAUAAAGCUUACAUAUGUAAUUAUUUCGUGUUGUUAGAUUAUCUUAUUAACACUAGAGAUGAUGUGGAGUUGCUUGUUGAGAAAGGGAUUAUUGUUAAUAAGUUAGGAAGCUAUAAAGCAGUUGCCACUAUGGUUAACAGACUUUGCCUCGAAAUUACUGGAGAGAAUCACUAUUACAUAAAACUCGUUAAAGAUAUUAAUGACUACUACGAGGAUUCUUGGAACCGCAAUAUGGGAUAUUUGAGAACAGUAUAUUUCCGUGAUGUUUGGAGAGGCACUGCAACUGUUGUUGGAGUCAUUGUUCUAUUUGUAACUUUCUUGAAUUUCCUUAGGCCUUUUGUCUUCAAGAAUAUUUAAGUAUAUUGAUCAUUUUGAUAUUAUCAAUUAUUUGUUAGUUUGGCAUUGCUUGUA